GUUGGUUCCAUGUUUCUACUAAUCAUAAAAAAACAGCAAAAUAGAAUAUUAGUAAUUGAAAGUUGUCCAUCUCGUUGCGUGUGCUUGAGUCAGACAAACAUAAACUGGUUUUUUAGAUGGAUGAUGACGAAGAGGGAGAUUUUCUGUACAGAGUUGAAGAGAUGAUUGACUUUUGCAGUUACUGCUAACAAAGGAUGAUGAGAGACAAGAGGGAUAUAAGGCCUGUAAUCUUGAAAUUUGGGGUUGCUUUAGCACUCUCACUUGGUGGAAUUAUCUUUACUUUUUUUAGGAACAAAAGAAUCAAGCCCUCCAAUUCUUCUCCAUCACCCAGUUCAGGUGGUACAAAAGGUGAGCUCAAAAAUGAUGAUCAGAAGACUCCUGCGUCGAGCAAUUCAUUUUUCGAUGUGCCCGAGAGAGAUGAGGACUUCUCCAUACCAAAACGCAUUAUUGAGAGUUCUAUAAGUGUUCCAUCUACAAGUUGCAAGUCUGAUGGAGAUAGAGAUGGGUUUCUUCUGCCCGAGUUCAAUGAAAUUGUGAAGGAAUUUAGUUUAUCUUCAAAGGCUAAUUUUUCUCCAAAGAAGGAUGUUGAAACACCACAGCAGGACGCAGAUUCACCCAGAGAACAUAAAAUUGUUGCGGAUAACCAUGAGCAAGAGAUUAAGAACCUUAAGAAUAUUGUUAAAACUCUUAAAGAAAGGGAGAGGACUCUUGAGAUCCAACUGCUUGAGUAUUAUGGCCUCAAGGAGCAAGAAUCUGCUGUCAUGGAGCUUCAAAAUCGGCUUAAAAUAAACAAUAUGGAGGCUAAGCUUUUGGGUCUUAAAGUCGAGUCCUUGAAGGCAGAGAAGACGAGGUUAGAGGCUCAAGUGGCUGACUAUGCUAAGGUUGUGUCAGAGCUUGAAGCUGCAAAAUUGAAGAUAAAGCAGCUGAAAAAGAAACUCAGGUUGGAAGCUGAUCAAAAUAAGGAACAGAUUUUAUCCCUUAAAGAAAGAGUUUUGAAGUUGCGAGAUGAAAAGAAUCCUGUUGAAGCUGAAUCAGAUGUUCAGUUAAAGCCCGAAAAAUUGAAGGACUGGGAGAGCGAGGCUGAUGAGUUGAGGAAAUUUAACCACAGCUUAAUAGUAGAAAACUCGACGCUGGCUGAGAGACUGGAAUCUGUUCAGAUCCUUGCCACUUCUGUUCUGGGAGAUGAUGAAACAGAAGCAUUGGAAGAAGAAAAGCUACGACUGAGAAAGCAAAAUGAAGACUUAGUAAAGGAACUUGAGCAGCUUCAAGCAGACCGCUGCAAUGAUGCCGAGGAACUAGUCUAUCUUCGAUGGGUAAAUGCUUGCUUGCGGUAUGAGCUGAGGAACUAUCAGCCCAUCCCGGGUAAAACAACUGCAAGGGACCUCAGUAAAACAUUAAGCCCCAAAUCUGAGAAGAAAGCCAAGCAACUAAUUCUUGAAUAUGCAAAUAAAGAAGGCCAAGGGGAUAAGGGGAUCCAUGUUUCAGAUAUUGAUUCUGAUUGGUUAUCCUCUCAAGCAUCCUAUCUUUCGGACUCUGGUGAGUUUGAUGAUACUUCUGUUGAUAAUUCUUCAGCCCAUAAAACUGACGCUUCAAACAAAAGCAAAGUCUUUGGUAAGCUUAUGAGAUUAGUACGGGGAAAGGACCAUCAUCAUGGUCAGAGUUCUCCGGAAAUGGUUCACAGUACAGAAAGACGCCCUAGUUAUUCUUCGGGGUACAACUCAGAUACGGCUGCUAUAGAUGCUGGAGCUGUUAGGCUCCGCAGCAGAUCAAGAAUCUCAUCUCAGGGUUCAUCCAAACAGUUUAUGGAUUUCAAUCCAGUAUCUCAAGGUUCAAGGAACGUUAAGGGAGAACGCAACAACUAUUUGACAGGUGUUAGGAGAUAUAGCGAUUCAUUGGAUUAUAUCUCGAAACAUCUUGCUGAUUCACCUCGAGAUAAAAGAAAUAACCAUGACCCAGAAAAUGUCCAGAAAUCUGAGCUGUUGAAAUAUGCAGAAGUUUUGCAAGGGUCUCGUUCUAAAACACCAUUUCGUAAGAGAUCAGCGUCAGUUAGUUUCUUCUAACUUUUGUAAAUAUAAAAGACUAUACCAGUGUGCGCAACAUGUUUCUUGCUUCUUUCAUUUUUCUGUUUCCUCAAAAUUAUUGCCCCUCUUCAGGGAUAGAGAUAGCAUAGGUUCAGUGGUGGGGAAUCCCUUUAUAAUGGGAAUAAACUUACUGCAACAUGAUUAUUUCAGUUGUUAGUGUAUGUAGUCCUAUUUCCCAGUGUAACAUAAAAACUAGUGCAUCUUCUUACAUGGAAGUUAUAAUGAGGAAAUUUUGAUUAGCAAAAGGAAACAGAGAAAAGACAAUACUUGUGUUGUGUGUA